AUGGAAGCCAACAUCAAGAAGCUAUUUGAUAGCCUCCUACCCACCGGCCUCAACAUUCGCCCUCACCUUAAAACUACGAAAAGCGCCAUCCUCGCUCGCAAGCUUGUCGCCGCGGGCGCAAAAGGCUGCUGCGUGGCCAAAGUCUCAGAAGCCGAGGCUAUCACAGCUGCGGGGUUCGAUGACAUCCUCAUUACUUGCGAAAUCAUCGGCCCCGUCAAGGUGAAGAGACUUGUUGAGCUGUUUAGGAAGCACAAGACGAUACGAAUUGUGGUGGAUAGCGAGGUUGGCGCAAGUGCCAUCAACGACGCCUUGGAAAAGUCUGGCAUCACGGAGCCCAUUUCUGUCUUGGUGGAUUUGGAUGUGGGACUUCGUCGCACAGGUGUUGCUGCUGGACAACCAGCUGUAGCUCUCGCAAAGCAUAUCAGCAGCCUGAAACAUCUACGGUUAAUCGGAAUCCAAGGAUACGAAGGUCACUUGCAGCAUCUCCACAGCCGAGAGGACCGCAAGAAGCAGUGUCUUGAGUCGAUGAAGACCUUGACCGACACUGCUGAUCUGCUGCGCAAGGAGGGCUUCAAUAUCGACGUGGUUACCACAGGUGGAACGGGCACCGCCGAGUUCUGUGCUACUGUUCCCGGCGUGACUGAACUGCAGCCCGGUUCCUUCAUCUUCAUGGACACAGACUACCGCAACGCCGUGGGCACCUUUUACUCCAACAGUCUAACCCUCCUGUCUACUGUCGUCAGCAAGCAGGGCGACAGACAAGUCACAAUCGACACUGGUCUCAAGUCAUUGACUACAGACAGCGGGCUGGCCGAGUGCAAGGAUCCAAGGUACAAGCAUCAGAACUUGGGCGAUGAGCAUGGCUCGUUGAGCUGGGAAGAGGGAACACCUGCUUUAGAUGUUGGCGACAGGGUUGAGAUGAUUCCCAGCCACAUUGAUCCAACCAUCAACUUGCACGACUUCUACUACGCUUAUCGGAAGGGGGUGAUUGAGGAGAUAUGGCCUGUCGACUCGAGAGGGAAAGUCCAAUAA